AAUACAAUUUUAGAUCUAUUAAAAAAUCUACAAAUAUCCAACUCUACAUUGGACGAAAAUGUAAUUUCCAGUGGACAAAAAAAAGAUUUUGAGCUGCACUACACAUCAAUAUAUCCAUUAACGGAUCUUCAAAAAUUUCAGAGAACAAACAAAAUGCUUGAAACAGAAUUUUACUAUGAGUUAAUGAAGAAGAAAGUGGCAUCAUUUGGUGGUGCUGAUGUUAAUAGUGCACUAAGAAUUAUUAUGAGCAAAUUAUUUUCAAAUAAAUUGGGUAUUGAUAUAACUCUAACUGGAACUUCUUUGAUAUGCAAAGAUAAACAGAGUUUACAAAAGUCAAAUUUUUAUAAACUUAUAAUAGAGUCAAUUAGAAUUUUAUUCAACACGGCUACUGAAGAGCAAAUUAAAAAGCCUAUAGCAAGUUGGUUAAAACAUGCAAAAGAGCGUUCAAACAGACAAAAUAAUACACUGUAAAUGUUCAAAGACGAACAACACAUACAAAAAGAAGAUGACAUUAUUUUAAUUAAAUAUAUAUUGCAGAUAAUUGUUCAAAGACGAACAACACAUACAAAAAGAAGAUGACAUUAUUUUAAUUAAAUAUAUAUUGCAGGUAAAUCCUAUAUCUUUAAAAUGU